AUGUUCAAGAUCGAAAAUCCAUUACAGCUACAGGUGCAUACCGCGGAUCCCAACAAGCGCGCGGCUAAAAAGCGGACAGAAUUCUGCCAUCAAGGAAUUAUUCCUCCGUACACCUCAAUUGCAUUAAGCCAACACCCUUCCACCAAACAGACCACCAGCACAAUGAAGUCAUUAUCACCAGCCCUGGCCUCCCUGGGCAAUGCCUUCCGCGUCCCAAUGUCAAUGGCACCCGCGCGCCCAUCAGUCUCCCGCGUCUGCCACGAGAACCUGAACCGCCAACAACAAAAGCCGGGCCCAGUCACAGCAGCGCUGCAAUCAGCCUCGUUCUCGACAACGGGCGCAAUGGCCAAGAGAAAGAGCGGUGGUUCGACCACUGAUAAGCGCAUUACCAUGAUCCGCUACUUCCUCCACCACCCUCUCACGCCCCGUCCCCUCCGCUUCUCCCGUAACCGCUACCUCCGCCACUGGACCAUCCACCGCGCCUGGCAAUUGUUCCAAGCGCAGCAGCGCCGCAAGCAGGAACUUGAGCUUAUGCGACAGUAUCAGAGUAUGCAGGAGGCCUGUGAGGAGCUGCGGACAGGUGCUGGGGAUGGUGGCAAGCUGUUCCGCGUGUCGAUGAACAAGAAGGGUAUCUUUACUGAUAUGUUCCCUAUUGAGUAUGCUCGUAUGCAGACUGAGACUCCUCCUGCUGAGGGGUGGAAUUAUGAUUGGAAGAAGCCGGAGCGGAAAUAG